AUGGAUCGUAAUAAGUUAGGUUCCCGAGAAAACUAUAAACUGGAGUCAGAACUCUUGAAGACAAUUCGUAACAGAGGCAAAUAUCGACAUGAAAAUCAUGUAUCUGACUCGAAGGCCAUGCUAUGCCGCCAAGUCGGAAGAAAUGGUGAUAAUAUGUUCAAUCUGCUGGUCCGUUUGAUCUCACGGUUACUCGAUAAUCCUCCAGCGAACGCGGUUGAUCAUUUUGAAGAAUAUUGCCGACUAGUAAAAGUCGAAUUUCUUUCUACCCAACGCCAGUUUACCCGUUAUCACGUUGAGGCUUUAGCAGAAAAACAACGUGACCUAUCUGAACACAUCAUUAAUGCCUUGACCCAGUUCGAAAACGAAAAUAUCCGUCUGAAUUCAGAGCUAGGCAUGAUGAUUCAACGUGAUCUCAAUACGAUGGGCAGGGAUGUACCGUUCGGGUACGAAUACUUUAUCAGUGCGCAAAUUGGCCGAACUCUGCGCGAUGAAACCGAUGUAAAAUCGUGCCAAUUCUGGGGUGUUAUGAGGUCACUAGGUAGCGAUUAUUUCAUCUUGGAACUGGAGCAUCGGGAGAAAACUGUAGAUUUUUCCGCGCGUCUAGGCGUCAUCGGAAAGCAUCCAGAUAUCAUAACCAAUAUUAUUGAUUCGUUGGUGGAUGACACAUUACUCGAAUCUAGUCAAUCUGGGGAAUCUAUCCGUGGGUCUCUCUUACAGAAGAAACUUCCUCAACAGAUGCUCAUGGAAAUACUAGAAAAAUUGGACAUUGCGGAUAGUGAAAUUGAACAGGAUAACAUACAAAAGGACAUGCAUUUAUUACUCACUGAAUUGAUCGAACGUGUAUCGCGUGAUUCCCUCAGGUCAUCAGCAUCUUCUUCGUCAGAUUUUGAAAAUUCAUGCUCCUCCGAACCACAUUUGCCAACAUCUUCACAACAGUCUACAGCUUCAUUACUCCGCGCCCAGCUGGAAAGAAUGCAGGUCGAGGCACAACUGAAUAGACGGUCGUACUUAGUGACCACAAAUCCUUGCACUAAACCAUGGCACCGACUACCAGAGGUCACUCUGGAACAGAUUGGGGCAGCCGAACGACUCAGAGUGUUCCUCGUAGGAGAUCUCAAAGCAAAAGUACGAGGUCCUGGGCAACCAUUUGUCGAUUUGGAAGAGAAUUUGCUGCGGGUAUUGAUCGCCAAAAUUUCCACCCACCGGGAUGGUCACAUUGAUGGAUCGGAGACUAAUAUUUGCCUGCAAAAGUGCCUCUCCGGAAUGUAUGGUUCGAUGACCGAAUAUAAUCAUGAAAUGCUUCAAGAAAAAUCUGACCAUUGGUUAAAACGAAAAGAGCAAGGAAUGCAUUAUUGGACGUCGGAAAAUUGGCCAGGGCUAUGCGCUUUCCUCGAUGGAGAACAAUUUCGUAGUAGCUAUUUUGGUUGGGGUCUAGAAAAACAAAGUCAUUGGUACAGUCCUAUCGUGCGUAUACCUGAAAUGAGGGCCGAAUACGUGGCCGGGGUGGUCCUGGAAGUGAAUGAGAAAAACGAAAACGAGUUAAAAUCGGGCGACGAUCAAACUGUUGUUAUUGUAAACGAAUGA